AUGUAUCGCGCGAGGUGCCAGGCAGUCAACCAUGCGCGCCUUACGAGUAUCCCCGGGUGUCGCGGACGGUUGCUGUCUCCCGGACGCGUCGCGUUCUUCACGACGACACGGCCAUGCCAUGCGACAAAAGCCGAAAAGAAGGUCGCCGACCAGGAAGCCGAUGUCCCAGUCAGCAGCGGCGAGGCAAAGGCUCUCAGCACUUGGACCACGCUCCAAGAAAAGCUGCGACAAUCCGUCACAUCGCCUGGAGAGUCUUCAGAAUCCAAGAACGAGCACAACCCGAAGACACAGUCGCAAAAGUCCGCAGCAAAGCCGGCGAAAUCCUCCAAGUCGAUAAAGAAAAGGAAGAAAAAGGACAAAGAACCAGUCGAGUUUGAAGUCAUCAUCCCCAAAGCGCUAGAGCUGAAACCCAUCGAUCAAGAAACGCCCGAAAUCCCAAAGUUGAGCUACGGCCUCGACCGCGUGCUAUUCAACGGCGGUGUAUAUCGAAUGCAAGAUACUCGAACAAACGUCUACAACUUCGAUCCAUACCUCGCUUCCAUCAUGCCUGUGGACGAGUUUGAUUACGAUGCUCUCAAGGAAUACGUCACGUCAUCAAAGGAUACAAAGCUGUACGACCUCGCCAAGCAGCAUGGCAAAAAAUAUAGUGGCUCGACGUCGAGCAUGACGGCCGUCCUCUCCCACCUUCAUUUCCUUGUCUCGGGCUGGAGACCUCCCAACUUUGACCAUUUAUCGAGAGGGUGGACUCCAGAGUCGAAUAACUUUACCAUCUUGACUCGAGGUCCUGUUGCUACGUUUAUAAAAUACAAAGACGGAGUCUACUCUAUUGACUCGGAUAAAGAAUACGACAACGAAAAUAUUUUGAGUAUGCUUGGAAAGUCAAUGGAAAAGCUGCUUACCCUGCCCAAGGAAGAGUUUGAAAAGUAUAAAAAGACAAAGUCGCACCAGUUGACGGAGGAGGAAAAGAAGGCCGACGAAGCAUAUCACUACACUACAUUUGGUGACUUUAUGAUGCGAUCACAGCUGGAUGCUCACGACCCGAGACUACCUGGCACUGGUGUUUUUGACCUAAAAACGAGAGCUGUUGUGACGAUCCGAAUGGAUGUUCAGGGCCAUGAAAAGGGCGUUGGCUAUGAGAUCCGCAAACAGUUUGGCCAGUGGGAGUCGUUUGAAAGGGAAUACUAUGAUCUUAUUCGAUCCGCUUUCUUGAAGUAUUCCCUUCAGGUGCGCAUGGGGCGCAUGGAUGGCAUCUUUGUCGCAUACCACAACACACAGCGAAUAUUUGGUUUCCAAUACAUUCCUCUCUCAGAAAUGGAUCAUGCCCUCCAUGGACAGUCUAAUACUACCCUGGGCGAUCAAGAAUUCAAAGCCAGUCUAACGAUUUUGAAUGAUCUGAUGAACAGAGCUACGAAAAAGUUCCCGGGCAGGUCACUGAGGCUCCAUGUAGAGACUCGACCAACAACUGACCCCAUCACAUACUUUUUCGUGCAGCCCGUUACUGAUGAAGAGAUGCAAGCGAUCCAAGAGUCCAAGAAGGCAUCUGUGGACAAGCUAAAGGAGGAGAUCGACGAUCUCAGCAGCCACGAAAAGGCUGCUGAAACUGCCGCCGCCGAAGCUGCCGCUGCAGCCCAGAACGAAAGCAUGGAGGAGCCAGAAUCUGCCGAGGAAGAUGAGCUGGAUCAGGAGAUCCAGAACGAAAUAGCAUGGCAAGAAGUCAUGGAUCGGGUCAGCGAGGCGGUAGAUAGCGAAUCGCUUGGCAUACGUUCGGUACGGGACGCAGUCCAAGAUGCGUUGACUCACAGUGGCCUCUUGGAGGGCAAAACGGAAAUCGAAAGCACGAAGCACAUUGAUGACCUGGUAGCUGCCCUGACAGCACACUCACACGAGAGCAAGGAGUUGCAGAGUGCCUCGGAGGAGGAGCCGGCCGAUGUUCAGAACGGUGACGAGACGCCCCUGAAAGACCUGAUCUUGCGCGUGACCGAGGGCAUUGACGAGAAUACCGCCAACCUCAAUGAGUUUCAACGCAUGUUUGCCGGCUUGUCCGAAAAGCCCGCCGCGGGUCAAAACGUCGACUCUGAGGGUGCAGACGCCGAUGCCGACACCGACACCACAGCAACCGAAACAGCCCAAGAAUCAUCCAAAGAUCAGCCCUCGCCGCGUGAGCUUCUGGGCAUGUACAUUACCGUCCGCAACAAGGUCGACGGGAAGUUUGUGGCCCGGCCGGAGCGCCUCGGACCCAACAGCAAGUGGGAGGUGCAGUACGCGGUCAAGGAGAUCAACAACGAGCGCGCGCAGCGGCUCUACAAGCAGAUCAAGGCGCGUCGGCGUAAGAUUCUCGACAUUAAUGCCGAGAUGCGCGCGCAGUCGUGGCACCGCAUGUUUGCCGGCAGUCUGCCGACGCUGAGCAAACGCGGCGCGUCUUACAGGGCAGAGAGGGCCAAGCAGGAGGAGGCCUCUGGCAUCCGCGUGGCCUGGGACCGAGACUCCAACACAUCGACAUAG